AUGCGACGCCAGGGCCCCAGGGUUCGGGAGGCCUCGGAGGACGCCCUGGCGCGCCUCGAGGGGGGCGACCGCGGGGUGCUCGAGCACGUCGCCCACUGCACGGAGGAGUUCGCCGCGAUCUACGACGGGUACCCCAAGAGCCAGGUCCACCUGCUGGCAGUGCCCAGGCUGCGGCUGGACGGGCCCCAGGACCUGACGGCCGAGCACCUGCCUCUGCUGCGGCGCCUGGCCGAGUACGUGGCCUGGCUGCUCCGGGAACUGUCCGCGCAGAGGCCCGAACUCACCUGGCGACAGGGCGUGCACGCCAUGCCGUCGCUGCGGCAGCUUCACGUGCACGUGAUCUCGCAGGAUUUCCGCUCACCGCGCCUGAAAAACAAGAAGCACUACAACUCGUUCCAGCCGCCCUUCCUGGUUCCGCUGCAGGACUUGGUCUCGGCGCUCGAGGGCGGCUCGCUGCUGCCACUGGGCCUCGGGCCCCAGGCGGAGGCGCACCUCAAGCGCGGCCUGACGUGCGCCGGGUGCGGCGCGGCCUUCGGGAACCGGUUCGCCGAGCUGAAGCGGCACAUCGACUCGUGCGUGCCACCCCCGUCGGCGGCGCCGCCGGUCGCCUGGGAGCAGGGCGGCCCCGACGAGCACCGAGCAGAGCACGAGGCGGAGCGCAGGGGCACCGGGCGCAAGCGCCCUCUGGAUCCGGUGGUCGACUUGACGGAGCUCACCGAGACCCUGGAGCUGAAGAUGGAGCCGGUCGUGGAGCUGCUGGUGAGGAGGUUCCUGCGGCAGCACGAAGAGGCGGACACGGCGGCGGUGGCCCACAUGAUCUGGGCGGUGUCGUUCAUGAGCGUGGGCCAGGCGGCGGCCGCGGGGGAGAAGUACCACCACGACCACUUCAACAGCGAGAUCAACUUCAGGGACAUCGUCAUAGAGGUCCCUGCCACGGCUGGGCCAACCCGGCGCUGGGCCACUGACGCCGGCGCUAACCGCGGCGACCACGAGGCAUUCCUGCUGCCGGCCUUCAUCCCGUCGUGCGACUGCGGCGCCUACCCCUUUUUGCCCCCUCGGGCGCUCCAUCCCGGAGUCUGCCGGAGCCACUUCGACCUCGGACGCGAGGAAGACUUCGAGGAGGGCGAGGCGGACUUCGAGGUCGCCGACCCCGAUGACCUCCUGCGCGAAGUCCGGGCUCGUGGCACCCGGGCCGUCUACGACAUGCUCGGGGCGGACCUCGAGCGAAGCCUGCGCGACGCCGGCAGGAUGUCGUUCUGGGGCUGCGUCGUCGCCCCGAACCAGCCCACGAAGGUGGAGACCAAGGCCGGGGAGCUGCUCCACCUGUCGCAGGCGUGCCUGGACCCCGGCACGGCCGCGGGCGCCUCCGCCAAGGUGCUGGUGGAGCAGGGGGGCCAGAGCUACGCGGUGGCGUGCCUGCGCGAGGGCGCCCAGGAGUUCUGCGCCCUGGACCUCUUCCUCGACUCCGCGGAGGCCACGCUGGUGGUGAAGGGCAAGGCGACCGUGCACCUCACCGGCUACUAUCAUGGCCGCCUGCGUGGCUUCAUCUGCCUCUCCAGCCUCUACCUGCUCCACGCCCAGGGGCUCAGCGACCAGAACGUUGGAUUGUUAGCGAAUGUGGCCGCUGCUUUGGAGCUGUGGGCUGGGCCGUGCAUCCUGGGGCUGGUUCCAACAUGGAACCUUCGCAGGUUGCGCAGGAUAGGUUGGGCGAUGCCGAACUUCACUGUCAUGACGGAUCAAUUUGGCAUCGAAUUGCCGCUCACGCUUGCGAGCCCCGCCCUGUUGAAGAGGCUCGAGCGGAACGCCGACGACCUCCGGGGCGAGGUCCUGCAGGUGGCGCUGUGGCGCGGGCCUCGGCGCGGCGGCGGGGCGGCGGCGCACGGGGCGGCGCCACGCGCAGGCCCAGCGCCGCCGGCGGGGGGCGCGGCCGGUCCGCCGGCUGGCGGCGCCGGCUCGUCCCGCGCGGCCGCGCCGGAGGGCUCCAGCUGGGCUUCGCCUCAGCGAUGCUGCAGCUCUCCUGGGCGUCGGAACUCAGAGGCUGCGCCACCCGCGGCGGCAGCUGCCGCCGUGCCCGGGCCACCGAGCGGCCCGGGGCCGCAUUUCGAGGACGUCAUGGCCGGCGAGUGGUGGGCCUGGUCGGGGGCGUCGCCCUGCCGCGCCACACCUCCGGAGUCCCUGCUGCCGCGCUACGUCACCGGCACGCAGCUGGAGCGCCACGUCACUGGCACGCAGCUGGAGCAGACGCUUGGGGACAGCUGGCCCGCGGCCUCGCCGAGCGCGCCCUUCCCGCCCCACACGGGGUGA